AUGGGCAACUGCGUUUCUUGGGGGAAGUGGGCGUUGUGUGUCCGAAAUAACGAGACUUCGGCCAGAUCCUGGUCUCCCACAGGCUUCGAUGUUAGGUCACUUUUAUCCCAGUCACUAUCCGAGCAGCCAUCGACCGAGCCGUCAUCAAGUGAGCAGCCAACAACUGAGCAGGCAGUGACCGAAGAACCCCGAAAUGCACCUCAGAAUCUCGAUACUCUUCCUGCAGAGAUCUUCGACAUGAUCGCCAGCUAUCUUGACCAGAAUGAGCUCUAUAGCCUCUACCUCGUCUCUCAGAGGGUGGGCAGACUGGCAUACUCGUCCAUUCUUGCUUCCUUGCACGCCAAGAAACAUACCGGACUCACACCCAGGGAGAUUGAAAACAUCCACACUCUGGCAAUUGACCCGACCAUCAAUCACCUUCCCAGGUCGUUGCAUGUAACUGUGCCCUAUAUCGGGCACAGCGCUGCACGGAAGGCCCUUCACGAGCUUCCAGAGAUGAAAGCAUUGAGGCAGGACUUGAAUCGGUUAGUCAACUGCAAAGAGUUUCAUUUCACGCUCACCAGGGCAGGGUCGACUUUGGAGAACAAAGUCGUGUACAUCGAGGACGCUCUUUAUGCGGUCCUUGCUGAAAACACCAUCCCAGUUGAGAAACUCAUACUGGACAGCAGGGUUGUCAAGUCGCGGACGAACGAGAAGUCAAUCAUGCAUCCAAACCUUGCUCGGGUGUGGAGGCGCCUGAAGUCGCUCAAGAUUACAGAGUCGCCCUCAUUAGAUUUCUCAAGAGGUACCGCUCUCUCCCACAUCCUUCAGCACGCCCCAGAACUUCGAAGCCUUUCCCUUCACAGUCUAGCUGAUACCCCUGCACGUCGCUCAAAAAUAUUCAAACUAGCCAGCUCCGCGAACAUACGAACUAACCGGCUCGAGAAGCUGAGGCUCUCGUAUCUCACAGUUGAGCCGGAAGAUCUGAUUAUGUGGCUGACACGCUUUAAUAAUACCCUCAGGAUACUGGACCUUCACUCCAUUGGCCUGGCGCACGGAAGCUGGGUAAAUGUAGUCCAGCACAUCCUAGACUCAUGUCCUAACUUGCAGAAAGUUGUUGUGGACUACCCGUGGGUUUCUGAAUGGAACCGGCGUGCAUGGGAUAGUUUUGAGUGCUCGGGGCUAGACAUGCGAAUCAAGCUAGAGCAAUUCAAGCAGAGCGCCACUGCGGCCAAGAUCUAA